AUGACUGGAUGGUACAACGAACUAUCUAAAGUACUUGAAACCCGACGUGUAGACGUCUGUGCAGUACAAGAAACACGGUGGAGCGGAAGCAAAUCGCACGAUAUUGUAUGCGGUUACAAGCUGAUGUAUAAGGGCACACGCGGAACAGAUAGUGGCGUUGGCAUUAUAGUAUUAUCCAAGUUUGACGGUAAUAUCUCUGAAGUGCAAAGAUAUGAUGGUCACCUGAUGAAGAUUGUGUACAUCACAGAUGGCAGAGAAAUCCACUUUUUCAGUGCUUACGCUCCACAAACUGGCCAAGCAACUUCCAUAAAGGACGCCUUUUGGGGGAUGCUUGAUGUAAAGACUGUUGAAGUGCCCCCAGAAGAUUAUAUCAUCAUCGCUGGUAAUCUGAAUGGGCACGUAGCGUGCAGAAAGGAAGAACAUACUACUCACGGUGGGCAUGGAUUCGGAGAAAAGAAUGACGACGGUCAGGGUAUCCUGGAUUUCUCAGAAGCUCAUAAGCUGGCAAUUGCGAACGCAUGGUUCUUUGCGUAUUACAGCGGCACUAACGCCAAGCAGAUCGACUAA